AAAGUAUCUUUCAAGCAGCAAUGCCCUCUAGCGCUAUUGAAAAUUAGCAUAAUACUGCUUUAGGAAAAAAUUACAUCAACAACAGUUGGAAGUUUUCUUCCCUUAGUAGCGGAAGUAUUUACUUUCGAGGGAGCAGCUCUUAGGCUAAGAAAAAAAAAUUAAGACGAUCUGAUAAGGUCUAACUAUAAAGAAAUUACUAAGAAACCAACUGACAGAAACGCGAUAUGAAAAUCAGCAUUUUGACAAUUUGCUUUCUGCUGUUGUGUAUUGGGAUUAAUCCGAUAUUCUCUUGGUGGCGGAGACGAAGACGAAGAAGACGAAGCCCACCGGUGUGCAAUCCAGUAAACUGUCAGGUUGGAAGCUGGAGUGUUUGGAGUUCUUGCUCCCAUCAUUGUGGAACGAGUGGCACAGAGACUCGCUCACGACAGAUAACUUCUUCCGCGCAGUGCGGUGGACAAUGUACAUAUCAUUUGGAAGAGGACCAACCGUGUAACAGGGGUAACUGCCAAAACGGUGGCACCCCGAAUAGUGGUGGAUGUAGUUGCCGAUUGGGAUACGAAGGAAUAUGUUGCGCGAGAGACGUUGAUGAGUGCAUCAACAGUCCAUGUCAACAUAACUGCAUCAACACAAAUGGCAGUUACACAUGCAAAUGCAAAUCUUGCUACACCAAGCUGGGUACACGAUGUGACUUGAGGCAGUGUAAGAUCGACAAUCACUGUCACGCGUAUGGUACAAGGAACCCUAACAAUCAGUGUCAGGAUUGUAACAACAACAAUAAGUUCGCCUGGACAAACAACGAUGCUUUGUCAUGUUCCGACGGCAUAGCAUGCACUAAAAACGAUCGCUGUUCUAAUGGGGUUUGCUCCGGCACGCCUUUCUCGUGUCUCCCGUGCGAGGAGUGCCACAAUGACGCGUGCCGCGUGAAACCGGGAUACUGUGUAAUUAACGAAGGAGGUACACGGCAGUGUUUCAAUCACGGUGCACUUCGACCAGGUCAUCAAUGCCAGGAAUGUGACAGUAACCAAAAUGAUAGAUGGAAGAACAACAAUAACCUUAAGUGCAACGACGCCAAUCUGAAGACAAAGGACGACCGCUGUUUAAGUGGCACGUGCGUGGGAACGCCUUACAACUGCCUGUCCUGUGAAACACAUGACGGCAGCGGCUGUCCAAUCGAGCCUGGAUAUUGCAUAAUACAACAGGGGGGCCAAAGAACAUGUUACGCAACGAACCACUCCAAGCAAGGAAAUCCUUGUCAGUCGUGCAACCCUAGCAGUAGUACCAGUACGUGGUCUAAUCGGGACAGCGUAGCAUGUGAUGAUGGUAAUCCAUGCACACGUGCAGACACGUGUCAAAGCGGCCAGUGCACGGCCACACCUUACAACUGCAACCCGGUUUGCCAGUACUGUAAUGGAAACAGUUGCAGUAUGAAAACUGGAUUUGGUUUUGCGAACAGCAAGUGCAUGUGUAAGAUAGCAGGCCAGGACCAUAGUCACCAGGCAGUGAAUCCAUUAAAUCCGUGUCAGUGGUGUGACUUGUACGAUACAGUAGCUCGUGCUAACAGUGCUUGGAGUCAUCGCCCUGCGGUCUCUUGUGAUGAUGGCAACAAUUGCACAAAACAAGACACGUGUAACCUUGGCAAGUGCAUUGGACAAGGUUACUCUUGCCAAGCUUCUUAUCCCGCCACAAGCUGUAUCCAAACCUCUCAGUGUGUUGGUGACGGAUCUUGCCGCGCGAUCAUGAGGCCAAGUGGAGCAAUUUGCCGCCCAGCUUUAGACGCUUGUGAUCGGCAUGAACGGUGCGACGGAAAUCUUGGAACAUGCCCUGGUGCUGAGAUAGAUAGUAUCGCCUUAACAACCGGCACAGCACAACUUAGGGACCAAACAUUUCAGUCAGUUAUUCACUCUCAGUACUAUACAGAUAAACUUUACCUUCAGAUGACAGGAUUUUCCGUCUCAUGUGGCGCAUUGACACUUCAAUGGUUUCUUUUACCAGCAUCCUCUACUUGCAACAACGCGUCUAGUGUGACUGGGACGUUUUCUAAUAACAAUGUCCAACAAGCGCUGUCAGGAUUAAAUCUUCAAGAUAACAGCAAAUACAAAGUUUCAAUACAAGCUUCUGAUUUAAGAAAUAACAUUCCACAGCUUAUCUGCAGCGGUGAGAUCACAAUUGACACAUCGAGGCCUAAAGUUGGGUGGAUCCACGAUGGUCCCGGAGCUGACCUAAGCUACCAAGCCUCCAAGUUCUUGCAGGUAAAUUGGGGAGGAUUCCAAACAAGACAUGGUGUUGCCAAGUAUGAGUGGAAAGUUCUCCUAACUUCUUUUAACAACAAUCAGACAACUGAGCUUAAGUCAUUUACCAACGCAAAUUUAAACACCAGUGCAAGCAAGACCUUCAGUAGCGUUACAGAUGGCUCAAAGGUGACAUUCGUCGUUCGCGCGUUCACAAAAGCGGGCUUGUUUUCCGACCUCACUAGCGAUGGAGUCAUCAUUGACACUUCCCCACCCAUAGCGGGCAGGAUCUAUGAUGGCAAUCAACUUGGUAUAGAUCUCAAGUACGCCAAAUGGAAAACCGCGUUUACCGCAAACUGGGACCUUUUUACAGAUCCUCAUUCCCCUAUCUCACUUUAUACAUUGGCAAUACAGCGGCUAGGUGCUGGUUUAAUCACGUCAUUCCAGUCCGCAGCUCUGAACCUCUCCUCAACUGCAACAAACCUGAAUCUUGUUUCUAAGGAAAGCUACUGCGCGGUCGUCAGAGGCUAUAACAAAGCUGGUCUGUACACUCAAGUCAAAUCAGACUGCGUGCUAAUAGACCAUGAUGCUCCACAAGCUGGUGUUGUUAGUGAUGGCCACAUAAGUGAUGUAGACUACCAAUCAGACAAUACCUUGAUUGCAGCACACUGGAAGAGUUUCGCAGACGGGAACAAAGGUAGCGGAAUCGUAGAGUACAAAUACAGAAUAACAGAUAGCAGUGGACGCGUUGUUGUUUCUUGGACGUCAGUAGGAAAUGCGACAAACAUCACACAUACCAAACUGAUGUUAGGAAACAACGCGAAGUAUUUCGUGACUGUUAGAGCAAUCGACGCAGUUGGUCUAACCACUGACGUCACUACUGAUGGUGUUACCGUGGAUACGACUCAUCCUGUGUUCACUGGUCAAGUCAAAGUAACCGGUGAGGAUGACUUCAUUAACGGAACACAAUGUGUAUACGUGCCAAGUGUAUCGUCCAUAUCAGUUGACUGGGUUGGUUUUUCUGAUGCCCACAGUGGUCUCAAGCGCUACGACUGGGCUGUUAUGCCCUUGGGCACGUCGCCAUCAAACUCAGACUUCAAAAUAGUGUCAGGAUCUAGUCUGCCGACUUCUGCAACAUUUAACAAUCUUGCACUGUCCGAAGGAAAGGCAUAUCAAGUCAUCAUAAGAGCAUACAAUAAUGCUUUAUUGUAUAAAGAUGCUCAUUCAGUCAUUGUCAUUCCUGAUGCUACACCUCCGUUCCAAGGAAUCGUUUACGAUGGGCCAAAAUUUGAUGUAGAUAUCGAAUAUCAAGCAGACGUGGGGCAUGUUUACGGUUCCUGGACAAAGUUCCCAGAACCUCACACUGAAGUCAAGCAGUACUAUUUUGCUGUCGGUAGCUGUGUCCCUGGUAACUAUCAUGUAACGGGAAAUACUUUCCUAAGAGUUGAACCUCCAGAGGCUACUUCAUUUAUGCUAACUAACAUCACACUGGCAAAUGGUCAAAAGUAUUGUGUCAAAAUCAAAGCUGAAAACAGAGCUGGAUUGAUAAGCUCCGAAGUGUCUUCGGAUGGCUUCAUCGCCGACGGGACUCCUCCGAACUUACGAGCUGCGCAAGUGCGUGACGGAAGUUCAGGUUCAGACAUCGACCAUCAAGAAAAUACCACAGCAUUGUCAGCAGAAUGGGAUGGUUUUGAGGAUCGCGAGUCUGGAAUCCAGUAUUAUGAGUAUGCAGUAAGCAGAAAUCGUGGAAGUACUGCAGGUGUGUCUCCGUUUCAGAGCGCAGGACUAAAUAACUCAGCUACCGUCCACGGUCUUUCCCUAGCUGAUGAUGUCUAUUACUUCAUUAUUUGUGCUGUGAACAAUGCUGGACUACGCGACUGCAUGAGCUCUGACGGAGUGCUUAUCGAUAUUAGUCCUCCAAGCGAAGGUAUUGUGCACGAUGGAGUCAUUGAACCAGAUCUAAAGUAUCAGCCGUCUCUGUCAGAAAUAGCCGCUAACUGGGAAGGGAUCUGGGACUUAGAGAGUGGUAUAGAAAAAUUUGAAUGGAGUAUCGGUACAAGCAUAAGCGACAAAACCAGUGUUCAAGACUACACAAAUGUUGGUCUUUCGACACAUGUCAGAAGUCAGAGAGUCCUUACUUUACUCAGUGGAACAAAAUACUAUGUGCAUUUAAAAGUGACAAAUCAGGCUGGCUCUGUCAGGGAAUUGGUUUCGGAUGGUGUCAUUCCAGAUAGGACUCCACCAAUACCGAGUACAAUUCUUCCAGGCUUCGAGUCACAGGCUGAAUGGAGGUAUAACGAACAAGACAAUACUUUCUACUCGGCUUCUGAAUCUAACAUCGCAGUUUACUGGAAGAGCUUCUCCGAGCCCGAAAGUGAACUUUGGUACUACAAGUGGGCCAUAGGUACGAGUAGAUGUGGAACUCAAGUUCAAACAUUCAUUAACAUUGGCCGGUCCAACUACGCCAACACUACGAUGACGAGCCUAAUAUUUACGCCCGGAGUAAAAUAUUACGUAACUGUAACGUCUCGAAACCGAGCUGGUCUCGUCUCGCGAUCAUGUUCGGAUGCAAUGGUCUUUGAUGGCACACCACCGAAUCCAGGAGAAGUCAAAGUUGGACAAUCAUCACGUCAAAAUGGAAGAAAAAUGUUUGUUAGCAACAGCAGCAUCGCCGUUUCGUGGGGCGAGUUUAAAGAUAUAGAAAGUGGCAUAAAAAUCUGCAACAUCUCCGUUAGGGACAAAGCGGAACAACUUUUAUUUCUUGAGAAGAGCAAUGCAUCCUCGGGUAAUGUUUCUCUGUCUUUGACAGGUCUUCUUCACGGUGAAAGUUACAAUGUCAGUGUAGUUUGUAUGAACAAUGCAGGUCUCGAAGCUUUGACAACUGUCAUUUUUACCAUCGAUAACACGCCACCUAUUCAGACAGGUCCUGUUAUAGCCGGGGUAUCACGCAAUCCGUCAUUCCAAUAUCAGUCGGACACAGAAUCCAUUGUUGCCACAUGGUCUCCAUUUGCCGAAUACGAGAGCGCUGUCCAGAAUUAUCGUUUUGCCAUUGGUACUCGGCCUUACCAAGACGAUAUCGUCAGCUUUGCGAACGUGCAUCUGGCAACGCAGGUAACCAAAAACGACCUCGGCCUUUCCCAUGCAAACGUCUAUUACAUGACAGUUAUAGCAACAAAUCUAGCGGGUUUAAGUACAACAAUUUCUUCGCUUGGACUCGUCAUAGACACAACUCCACCAUUAGCUGCUGACAGUGACGUUCACGAUGGCCCAAGUGGGGAUGACAUCGAUUACUUUUCACCAAAGAUGGCCAUUGAGGCCCAAUGGAAGAACAUAAGAGAUCCAGAAAGUGGCAUAGUGAACAGCAAAUAUUGUCUAGGAACCAAGCCUCGCGGUUGUCAAAUAAAAGCAAUGACAAAUAUUGGAGCCAACAUGUCAAUUACCUGUCCGACCUGUCGUGCUUAUGCGGGGGAGAGAGUGUAUGUAACGGUACACGUUACCAACGGAGCUGGUAUUUCUGUGACACGUAGCUCUGAUGGAAUGCUUUUGGAUACAAGCCCGCCACUGAUGGGUAAUGUCGUUGACGGAAACGAUGCAUUAGGAGUGGACUAUAACAUUGUACUUGAGGAGUGGAACGUCUCUAUGACUUGGUUUGGCGUAGAAGAUGCCGAAAGUGGCGUGCAAUCAUGUAUGUGGAUUAUUGAGGGUGGAGAGAAGAGCAAAAUCCUUCAAGUUAAUGUUACAAAUAACUCAACCUAUGGGAAAAGAAAUGCCCAUUCGAAUUCUCAGAAAUACGCUGAUCUUAAUCUCCUCAAAGAAGCAACCUACUACAAUGUACUGACAUGUUGGAAUAACGCGAGAAUGAAUAGAACUGUUCGAUCCAAUGGUUUUCGAGUAAAGUCUAUCUGGCCCAUACCGAAUGUUGUUAGAGAUGGACUUAUAGAAGGUGUUGACGUCGACUAUCUGACCAGUGUAAAGAAUGUUGGUGCCAACUGGGAUCCUUUUAUGGACGAUAUGGUGGAUCCAGUCGUUGACUAUGCGUGGGGUAUAGGAGCAGCUCCAGGUGAGGAUGACAUUUUGCGUUUCACCAGCAUUGGGCUGAGGACAAGAGUUCAGAAAGACUUGGAAGGCAUCGUACCAGGUCUUGAAGUCUUAACUUUAGGUCAGAAGUAUUACAAUACCAUAAAAGCCACUUCUUCUAAAGGACUCAGCAGUGUAAGCUCGUCUAAUGGCUUUACUGUUGACUACACUCCCCCCCUGAUAACAGAGGUCAUCACCAACCACAGAGUCACGGACAACGAACAAAAAAGCGUUGAGAUAGAUGUUUCUUGGAAUAAAGCUAAAGACGAUGAAAGCGGUAUAAAAAGCAGUGCGUACUGUUUGGGAACAAUACCCCUCACUUGUGUGGCUGAAACAAUACCUGCAGGUUUGUCUACUUCGGGUAUGAUUGGCCCAUUUAUGCCUCAAAUCCGCGCUACAUAUUAUGUGACUGUGUCUGUUGUAAACAGAGCCGGUUUAACGUCUGUUAUGUCGUCAGAAAAACUGAUAUUUGAUAUGACACCGCCUUCAUUGGGCGUUGUAAUAGAUGGGAUUGGCCAAGAUGUCGACUUUAUAGAUUCGACCAAUACCCUGUCGUUUCAGUGGGACGAAUUUGAAGAUAAAGAAUCAGGUGUUGCUGGCUGCACGUGGGUAUUGAUCGAGCAAUCCGUCUCACAUAACAGCUCCUCUUUUGGAAAUGACUCAACUGUCGCGCAGAAAGUCGUGGAAAGCAGUGGAAACCUCACUGAAGAAAAUCUCAGUCUUGUUCCUGGCGCUCGCUACACCAGUCAAGUAACCUGUACAAACGGUGAUGGCUUUAGUAGCACCUCAUCGUCGGAUGGUGUUGUUGUUGACGCUACCGCACCAAAUGCUGGUGUAGUUCACGAUGGAUUAUCUCUCCUCUUUGAUGUUCAGUUUCAAUUCUCCACGACAGCAGUAGCGGCAUUAUGGGAACCAUUCCGCGAUCACGAGAGUGGCAUAGCAAGUUAUCGCUGGGGCCUUGGAACCAGCCCUGAUAAUGAUGACGUCAUACAUUUUACGGAUGUCGGCAUGAUGACUUCAGCGAUGGCCGGGAAUCUUACCCUCGCACACGGAGUAAGGUAUUACAUUACAGUGGAGGCCACGAAUGGUGCUGGAAUGACGUCGCAUGGAUGGUCUGAUGGCUUUCUCGUUGACACUUCACCACCUGAGUUAACAGAGCUCACGCGUGGUUCUAGUUUGUGGCUCGGACCCGAGGCGAAACUUCAUGCCUCUUGGAAAUCAUUUGAUUUCGAGAGUGGCAUAUCGAAAACAGCAUUCUGCGUGGGAACAGUUCCCAAUGGCUGCCAGGUGAAAUCCAUUACUAAAAUAGCCUACAAUACGACAGAAAUCACUUGCAAUGACUGUAAAACAAGACACCAAGAGACCUAUUACAUCACGGUGCGAGUACAGAAUCACGCAGGGCUCUUUACGUUGGCAACAUCGGACGAAAUAAAAGUGGACUUCACUCCGCCGUCUGUUGGCGAAGUGCUGCCGGCCACCGAUGUCAUAUCAUGUGUACCAAACUGUUCUCUGAUCUCAAACGUCACCUUCUUCCAGGAUGAGGAAAGUGGGGUCAAAUCGUGCAGUUACGCUAUUCGAGACAGUACUCACUUAAUAGGCGAUUUCGUAGAUAAUGGUUUUAAAACGGCCAUAGUAGCAACAGGGCUCUCGUUAGUGGCGGGUGGAAGGUACUACACUGUUGUGAGAUGCGAAAAUAAUGUUGGACUUGUCACAGAAAGAGUAUCUUCCACACCGGUCCUGGUUGAUGAUACUCCACCCACCAAGGGCUCGGUAAUAGUAAGCCCAGACCGCACGCAUGACGUUUUUGGACUUCACUCCAGCUGCCACCUUUUCAAUAGAACACUGCGGGCUCACUGGUUUGGCUUCUAUGAUGAAGAAUCAGGAAUAAGCGGAUUUCGAGUUGCAGUUGGCAAACAUCCAUACGCAACAGACGUCCUUUCCUUCCAUGAUGUCGGUGUCACCACAAAUUUCACGUUACCUUUAAAUGGCACGAGCACAUUGUUUGAAGGUAGCAUUGUGUACGUGACAGUCGAAUCACGCAAUUCAGCAGGUCUGGCAACGCAAAGUACAUCGCCUCCCACAAGGUUGAUUUCAGCAGAUAAGGAAGAGUAUAUAGCGGAAGGAGACUUUUUCUGUUAUAAUGUUUAGACGGAACGCAAUGAUCAUUUGUAGCCUAAUAGAGCUGUUUACAGAGAAUAUUACGCGGCUGCUUGUAGAUAAGAAUUCUAACAGGAAGUUUCAACAUGCAUCGUUUAUUCAUCAUUUGCUCAUCAUUUGUUCGUUGUGUAUAUAAUUUUGAAAUAUUCAAAUCAUAGGCAGUUAACAAGCACAUUAGAGCUCAAGGUCGGGUCGUAUUAGCGGAUUCUAAUAUUUUCUAAUUUUACGCGAACACAAAA